AAUCGGACCAUCGACGACCAGAACGGCGACAGCGUCUCGGGCGCGAAACCCACAUACGGGCCUAGCAUCGACCCCGCCAGCAACUGGACGCAAGGCGCAAACUGUACGAGCUGCCACCUGCUCCCAAACAAGGUCAUCGACGUCUCGCAGGUCUUCGAUGGCACCUGGCACGACUCCACGUACCACCCGGGAGACCCGGACCACACCGUCGACGCUGCGUUCACGGGAACCGCCGUCUACGUGUUCUUCAUCGUGCCGAACUUCGUCCAGUCCACGACGACCCUGGUGAAUGUUAGCUUCUCGAUCGACGGCACAUUCUAUGGGAAGUACGAGCACAUUCCGGACACCUCCUCCACCGUCUUGUACAACCAGCUCGUGUUCCACACGACAGACCUUGUCAACGCCGACCACACCAUCGAGAUACGCGCGAGCGGGUCCAACGCAUCCCUCAUCCUAUUCGACAACAUGAUCUACACC